AUGGCCGAGCAGACAGGAAGCUGCGCGGUUUCCGCUUCGCACCCGAACCUGCCGCUGAUUGCCGUUGGUACAGGAGACGACCCUGCCUUUCUUGUCUUCUUCGAUGCAGAGUCCCUACAGCGCACCCAGCGGCUCGAGCAAAGCUGCGAUGCUCUAGCCUGGCACAAGAAGAGCCCUGUGCUCGCUCUGCUCGGCAUCAGCGGAUCGAUGGCGCGAGUACAGAUCUUCAGCGCAGCAGAUGGGCAGGAGCAUUUCCGCAGCCACGUGUUGGGCACGCACCCGGCCACGGCCCUCUGCUGGGCAAGAUCACACCUUCUGAUAGCAGGCCAGGAGCUGUGUGUGUGGCCCUGCCACGUCGAAGGCCACUUUUCUGCAGCCUCCGCGCCGUCGGCGCGGCAGCCCAUGGGUGCGGCCGAGCUCGUCGAGCUGCAUCUAGAUCCCUCCGAGCGAUUUUUGGCCACGGUCCACCGGACCGGCCUGGUGAGGGCCUGGUGGGCAGACGAGCUUCCAAAGGUGCUGCUGUCAUCUGUCGUUCCUUUGCGUGAGUUGUGUCACGGUGUGUUCAGCACCUCGCUGGUCUGCAAUAAGGUCUGGCGCGAAUGCGUCCUGGAAGAAGUUCCUGGUUUCACAGCAGAAGCUGCAGCCCCAGGGGAAGCCCCCGGUGGAGCCAAGCGCGUGGAGUCGUUUUGCAAGCUAGGAAUGCGAGUCACUCCUGAUACUGCUUUUGAGGCUCACUGGUCUGCUGCAGACGUCGGCCAUGCCUUUGCAAUGGCAUGGGUGCUGCCGUGCAUAGAUGCCGGGCAGUCGGAGGCAGGAGACGCGAGACUGGUGGGGCCAGAGUUCAGAAUCACUGUGCUCGUGGGCGAGACCACCUGUUACAUCGAGCUGGCAGCCAAGGGCGCACCAGGCUGUGCCUGGCAGGGCCCGCUGAUGUCGAGCUGUCGCCAGUUGCCAAAUCUACCUGCUGCCGGACCUGACCGCUGCAGCACGAGCUUGGGCAGCGCAGGAAUCCUUCAGAUUAAGAAGGAGCUGGGCAGCGCCUCCUUUGACGUCUGGCUGUGCUCCGCAAGCGGCGAUUUGCAACGUAUCUGCCUCGACAGCAACUCGAUGUCCGUGGAAGCAGCCGCAGGCGGUGUGCUUCCAUGCUGCUCUCUGGCAGACCCCGAGCUGCCAGAGGAGUCGCCUCCUUUGACUGUGGCGGAAGUGGCACUUCAUGGUUACUGGGGCUUCGUUGCCCUGCUGCUGCGCGGAAUCGGCGGAUCUUUCGUGUGGGUCGCCGAAAUACCUGAGUCCCGUGCGCAGUUUGAGCUGGGACGAUAUCAUCUGCCCGAAGGUGACAUCCUGAGCGACCAGGCGAUGGGUACCAUGAACUGCCCCGGCCUCAGCGGCCUCGUGUGGGUUCCCGGCCCUCGACUGCCUCCUCGACUCCUGAGCAUGGGUGCCCAACACCUCCUUGCCACCUCCUUGGACAACUCCGGGACGCUGCAUCCCUGGGCCGAGGUGAGUUGGAGCUCAGACACUCACCUUCCCGUUUGUGAUGUCCAGCAGCUCCAUGCCCCUGCCGAACAGGCGGGGAAUUUGCUUUCCCUCGUGAUUCAAGACGAUUGCGCCAGCUAUGUUCUCGCACGCGUCGAGGUGUCCAGCAGCAGCUCAGCUGUGCCCGUCCUCGAGCCACUUUUUCGUCACAGGCUCUGGGCAUCUUGUCCGCAGUUUGGAGCCUUUGCAUUCGAGUGGCUCGGGUCAUUCUCUGCCAUGGCUCCGGGCGAUAUCUCUGGCCAGUUUGCCUCGUGGGCACCUGGUUCAGAUGAAGUGAUCGUUCGGACGCUGGAGAUUGAGGACCCGGCUACAGGCACUGUCCGGGCCGGCGAGAUGCUGCGGGCGCCGCUGAACGCAUGUUCGGAGACUCCGCAAGGUGGCGUUCUGCGGCUUCAGCUGUGUGACGAGUUCCUGGUUGCGCUGACCACCCGUGCAGAGAUACUGGUAUGGUCCCUGGUUGCUGUCGAUUUGGAGGCUGCCCGGCUCAGCUACCGCCACACCCUGGGAACGCAUCAGCUCAAGCAAGGCUCUGCGAAGAAGGACGAUGCCGUGCCUUUCCGGCCGUGGAAUCGUCAUGGGCCCGUGAACCAGAGCGGCAGGACCGUGGCACUCAGCAUCGAUGCAUCUGGCAACUUCACCCUUGGCGACCUCUGCCUUCACCGCUGUGCAGGGGGUGGUCUGCUGAUCCUUGCGGCAGCGCGCGGGGAUGAUGCGCUUGCGCCUGCGUCGGCGCUGCUGUGCCAGAGAGGCAGCACCGGUGAAACGUGGCAUUCCGUGGAUUUGCAUCCGGAGGCUCUGCCCUUGGAGACCGGGUCCCGUCUGGCCACUUGCGGCGAGGGGGCUGUGCUCUACGCUGGCAUCUGCGGGGGCCCUGGAGAAGGCGGACCUCGCAGGCCAGCGGUGGUGGCUGCUUCCUUACCUUCAGCAGCUCAAGGACGACUACAAGCUGCGGCACCAUGCCCAGCCUACCAUCCCGACACGCUCAUCUGGCUCCUCAGACGUGGACAGGCGACGCUCGCUAGGCGAGUGCUUCAGCAACUUCUACACGUACUCCGUGAAUCUGCUCGACCAGAACAGGUUUCCCCAUUGGUGGACAUGGACUUCGGUGAGUUCCACUGUGCUGAUGCCAUGGCAAGACGUGAGCCACAUGCAGCAAGCUCUGCAAGCUCUACCAGCCAGUUGCAUGGAGGUGGCCCCGAGUCUGAAGGCACUGCAACUGCUGCCUCCUUGUUUGAGGACGACUUUGAGACGCGCAUGGCGAAGCUCCGCUCGUCCUGGACAGAGGCAGAGGAUGACGGUUCUCCGCACGAUGCUCCUCCACAGGAGGAGAACAUCAGCGAGACAUCGGCUGGAUGGCACGUGUCGGAAACGGAGUUGAACGAGCUGAGCCGCUUCUUACAAACACGAACAUUGCCGAUGGUUUCUUCUCACGAGCAGGCGCAGCUUCUCGUGCUGCUGCAGAAUGUCGGAGCAACGCCGCAUGCUUCGGACCUGGACGAGUGUGGUCAGCGCUUCAUGAAGGCAUUUGAGAUCCAUGCGGCCGUGCGUCGAUGGCACCUCCGAACCCCCAACUCCGAAGCUUUCCUCCAGCACCUGAGCUCCGAGGAUCUCUGCUGGGCGCUGCAUUCCGACUGCCAGGGCACCCUUGUGGACAGGAUCCUCGAGGUCCUGGGUCCCGACUUGGACUGGCCGGCCUUGCGGCAUGUUGGGAUUGGGCUCUGGCUGCGCGAUCUCGGAGCUCUCAAGAAGGUGCUAGAGCAGCUCCCUCGAACCCUCCUUCGGCGGCAGGGUGCUGUGGACAAGGAGGAGAUUCAGCCAGAGUCGGUUGCGCUGUGGUAUGCGCUGAUGGGACGACGGACGCUGCUUGCCGCGUUGUACCGGCAGGCCAAGCAAACAAAAGUGGCUGACUUCCUUGCCAACGAUCUCUCCGAGGAACCCUGGAGGACGAAGGCCGAGAAGAACGCCUUUGAGCUUGUACGGCAACGCCGCUUCGAGUUGUCAUGUGCCUUCUUCGUGUUCGCGAACAGGGCCCGGGAUGCCAUUGACGUAGAUGCCUCAGCAGGCAAGUGUUGGUACUACCCUGUUUAG